AUGGCCAACCGAGACACCCCCAUCCUGCCUCGAAUGGUAAAGCGCGCCCCCUUUACUGUUGAGGCGUCCGGCUACGAACCCGUCGAAGGCGAAACCAUUCCUCGCCGGAACCCCUUGGCCAAGGACAAACUCAUCACUCGUCCCGCCGAAGACGUUGCGACUGUCUACGACAUCCUGCGGAGAGGCGCCAAGGUCUUUGGCAAUGCCAAAUGCGUCGGCUCCCGUCGCAUCCUCAAGACCCACGUCGAGAACAAGAAGGUCAAGAAGGUCAUCGAUGGCGCCGAGCAGGAAGUCGAUAAGGAGUGGACCUAUUUCGAGCUCAGUGGGUACUCGUACCUGUCGUUCGUCGAGUUUGAACAGUUUGCCUUGCAGCUCGGUGCUGGGUUGCGCUCGUUGGGUCUUAAUAAGGGCAAUCGAAUCCAUAUUUAUGCCGCUACUAGUGCAAAUUGGCUAGCUAUUGGUCAUGGCGCCGCCUCCCAGUCAAUUACCUUUGUUACCGCCUACGAUACCCUUGGAGAGGAUGGAUUGAGGCAUUCACUCAAGCAAACAAAGAGUGAUGCCAUGUUUUUGGAUCCUGGCCUGAUCCCCUCUCUUUCCAAGGUCCUUAACGAUGCCCCAAACCUCAAACACAUCAUCUACAACACAACUACCGAAGUGAAGCAAGAGGAUUUGGAUAAGCUCAAGUCUGAGUUUGGUCAUAUUAACGUUAUAAGCUUGGAUGAUUUGAAAAAUGCUGGAAAGGAGAGCCCUGUCGACCCUGUGCCGCCGCAGCCAGAGGAUCUCUGCUCCAUCAUGUACACUUCGGGAUCGACUGGUGCGCCCAAGGGCGUGUCUUUGUCGCAUGCGAACGUGGUUGCUGCUGUUGCUGGUGUCACCGCUAUUGUUGGCCCAUACAUCGGACCCGGCGAUUCUCUGUUAACCUACCUCCCGCUUGCUCAUAUCUUGGAGUUCGUCUUCGAAAACGCCACCAUGUUCUGGGGUGGCACUAUGGGAUACGGCAGUCCUAGAACGCUGUCGGACAGCUCGGUACGAAACUGCAAAGGUGACAUUCACGAAUUCAAACCUACCAUCCUCGUUGGAGUACCCGCCGUAUUCGAGACCGUCAAGAAAGGCAUCCUAGCUCAAUUGAAUAAAACUAGCUUCAUCGUGAAGAACAUGUUCUGGGGCGCAUUGUCUGCAAAGCAAUUCCUGCUCCAGACUGGCCUGCCAGGCUCUGGCUUGCUUGACGCUGUUGUUUUCAAGAAACUGCGGGAAUUGACUGGCGGUCGUCUUCGUAUCCUGAUGAACGGUGGUGGUCCCAUCGCCAAAGAUACUUUGAAAUUCAUUUCGUAUGCCAUCGCGCCUAUGAUCAGCGGCUACGGAUUGACCGAGACAUCGGCCAUGGGCGCACUCCAAGACCCAUUGGCCUGGAAUCCGGACGCGCUCGGAGACAUUCCGGCAUCGAUUGAAAUUAAAUUAGUCGAUUUCCUAGAGGCAGGCUACUCGGUCAAGAACACACCGCCACAGGGCGAGAUCUUGAUCCGCGGUGCCAGUGUCACGGCGGGCUACUACGAAAACGACGAGGAGACGAAGAAUUCCAUCACUGAGGACGGGUGGUUCCAGACCGGCGACAUUGGCGAGUUUGACAAGUACGGCCACCUGCGCAUCAUCGAUCGCAAGAAGAACCUGAUCAAGACUUUGAACGGCGAGUACAUUGCGCUGGAGAAGUUAGAGUCUGUCUACCGGGCGCACCCAGUCGUAGCGAAUAUCUGUAUCUAUGCUGCAGAAAAUCAGGUCAAGCCUAUUGCCAUUAUUGUACCCGUUGAGGCGGAAUUGGUGAAGAUGGCCAAGUCACACGGUAUCAGCGGACAGACUUUAGAAGUGCUAGUGCACAACGAGACGCUCAAGUCGGCUGUUUUGAAGGAAUUGCAGAACGCUGGCAAGGCCGGCCAUCUCCAAGGCAUUGAGAUCAUUGAUGGAGUUGUCCUGUCAGACGAGGAGUGGAAUCCACACAAUGGAUACACUACAGCGGCGCAAAAACUCCAACGCAAGAAGAUUGUCGAUCACUUCCGAGCCGACAUUGACAAGGCGUAUAAAAAAUAA